CUGGGAGGAACCCGUAGAAUCCUCCUGUGAGGGGAAACGCAGGCUAGUAGGCUGGCCAAGGAAUAGGGCCUGGGCUCGUGGUCUCAUAGAGCCUGGUCUGUUCUGGAAGAGCACCCAGUUGUUCCUUCAGGUUGCCCAAGCCCAGAUGGGUGAGAGGGAGGAGGACAACGACACUGAAGAAGCUUGGCUGCAGCUGCGGCCCAUGGAACCCUUGCCCUCCCAGUGCUGCGGCAGUGGCUGCUCACCCUGUGUGUUUGACCUCUAUCACCAAGACCUGGCAAGGUGGGAGGCUGCCCGAGCCAGCAAGGACAGGAGCCUGCUGCAUGGGCCAGAGUCACAGAGCUGUCCCUCCAAGCUGAACCCAAAGACCUUUGUGGCCUUCUGCAUCAGUGCCAUGGACAGACUCACUAAAGACACCUACCGUGUCCGAUUUGCUCUACCUGGGAACAGCCAGCUUGGCCUGCAGCCCGGCCAGCACCUCAUCCUACGAGGGAUAGUAGAUGACUUAGAAAUUCAGAGAGCCUAUACGCCUAUCAGCCCUGCCAACGCAGAAGGAUACUUUGAAGUGUUAAUUAAGUGCUACCAGAUGGGGCUGAUGUCUCGGUAUGUUGAGUCCUGGAGAGCAGGAGCCAUAGCUUUCUGGCGAGGACCUUUUGGAGAUUUCUUCUAUAAACCAAACCAGUAUGGUGAACUCCUCAUGCUGGCUGCGGGCACGGGCCUGGCCCCCAUGGUGCCCAUCCUGCAGAGCAUCACAGACAAUGAGGAUGAUGAGACUUUUGUCACUCUGGUUGGUUGCUUCAAGACCUUUGAGAGCAUCUACUUGAAAACCUUCCUCCAAGAGCAGGCCCGUUUCUGGAACGUCCGUACCUUCUUUGUACUUAGCCAGGAGAGCUCCCCAGAGCAGCUUCCCUGGAGUUACCAAGAGAAGACCCACUUUGGCCACCUGGGCCAGGACCUGAUUAAAGAGCUGGUCAGCUGCUGUCGGAGAAAGCCAUUCGCACUGGUCUGUGGCUCGGCUGAGUUCACCAAGGACAUAGCCAGGUGCUUACUGUGUGCAGGCCUCACUGAGGACUCCUACUUCCUCUUCUAGCCCUGGCCUGCCUUCCAAAGCCCAGGCCAGGGGCCUGCUACUGGGACCCAGGAAGGAGCACAGACAGAAAUCAGAACACACGGAGUCCAGGCCUGGUCCUGCUGCUCAUUUGCCAGGUGUCCUUGGGCAAGUGUAUUUACUGCCCCUUGAGAUUAAUAACUCCUCCUGGCCUCCUACUAUGUGGCGGAAAGACAGACUAUAGGCAUCCAGAGGAGGUGAGCAGCCAGCCUGGGAGUCAGGGAGGACUCCUCAGAGGAAGCCAAGUCCAGGCUGAGAGCCCCAGGAGGAGUAGGAGUUGGGCAGGGGAAGAGUCAGGAGGAGCUUCGCUGGCCCUUCUGAUUAGAGGAUCUCUUGGGGGCUACAGCUGUGGCCUCAGCACCAUCUCAGAUUAGGGGCUCCUGGGUGUGUAGGGAAGGACACAGGAGAGGCCAAGAGCUCUUUGGAGUAGGACCCUACCUUUACUCCAGUGCCAUGAGCCUGACACAAAAAGGUCUUGGGUUCUAUGACUUGACCAUGUCCUGAGAGCAAGAUGGGGCCCUGGACUGUCUUUGUAUUGACCCCAAACCUUUCCUGCUGUGAACAGCUUCAUUCUCACUCCCCUUUCCUGGCUCAAGAACCGCGCCUAGCAAAAGAAGAGGCUCGGGAAGGAAAUGCCCCUCCCUCCUGCAGGCAGCAUCUCAGCCUGUGCCUUCAGCUCGGUGCCCUAGCGACUGUUGCUAUGGAGAUCUAAAGAUAGAGCAGGAGUCAGGAGACCUGGGUCCCUCUCCCAGCUCUGCCCACUGAGUGGCUACUGAUUCCAGUCACCCACCCCAGGAGCCCAGUGCCCCUGGGCAACGCACUGCAGCUAAUGAAUUCUGCUUUUCACAGCUUGGGCUCCGGCAUGCUGCACCAGCUCGGGCUGGCUACAGGCAGUCCCAGAAUUGGAAUACUAAGCCAUGGAAUCUUAGAGUUAGACUUUUAUAGUCAUAGAAGUACACUCCUCACCAUAUCAAAGCUGAAAGUUCAGGACUCCAAGGAACAUAGUGUGACAGACUUAUUGUGUACAUGGGGAAACUGAAGCCCAGUGAGGCUAAAUGACUUUCCCAGGGUAAAACAGUCCAUGGCAGAGCCAAAACUACAAGCCUCCUAGUUUCAGCCUCAUGUAUGAGUUCUGCACCAGUGGUUUUCAAACUGUGCUCCGAAGAAAACGAGGGCUCUUUGCAUAGCAGCAGUGAAGGGACAGCUCCAGAUGGAUCCCCAGACCCCUUCAACCAGAGCAGUUCGUUUUUUAUCCUGUUCGUAUAUUGGGCUUGGAGUAACUAUUUGUACAAAAGGAUUUUCCUAUCCCACGCAAAAAAAAUUGCCACAAAUCUCUCUACUGUGUCACAUUUCAUAAAUAAUUAUGAUACACAGCUGGGGGAUGGUGCCAGAGGUUUCAAACUGUUUCACAGGCAGAGUUCCAGGGUCAGAGAGCGUGGAGUACUGUGUGUGACCUUCUCCCAGAAGCAUGGGCAUAGGAGCGUGUUAAAGGCUCUGAAAAGAUCCGUGGCAAAGAAACUCCUUUCAUUUUGUUUAACCCAGAGUUUCUCAAGCUUAUUUAACUAUAGAACACUUUUCUAUGGGUUUCGAAACCUCUUUCUAGCACGGUAUAAUGAGUGGGAAAGGCCCUGACUGAGAGUCAGAGAUUCCGAGCAGGAACCGUGAUCUCUUCCUGCCUAGCCUGUGACUUGGGCAAGACACUUUUCCUCUCCCCAGGCCUCUGAGGUCUGCGAGUCUUCCUCCACCCUUUCCUCUCCCUCAGUUAGCACGUCCUAUUGACUCAGCUCCAAAUAGCGGGGGCCCGUCAGGAGCCUGACUCUGUUCAGACAUCAGGGGAAUAACAGCACACCAGGCAGAUGCAGUUAUGUCCAUGGGGGAACUUACGGCCUAGCAAGGAAGGCAGAAACUCAACCUGUCGUUGUAAAAGGGAUGGCAUCAUGAGAAGGGAAGUGCGGAGUGCUGGGAGAAUGGAUGGCAGGGGCUUUAGCCUAGUCUAGGGCAAGGCCAGGGCGCACCACUGCCACUAGGGAUAGAGGCUUCAGAAGCUUCGAAAUCUCUCAAUAUUAAGAGUGUUGCCAGGCCCGGUGGCCCACACCUGUAAUCCCAGCACUUUGGGAGGCUAUAGCGGGCAGAUUGCCUGAGCCCAGAAGUUCAAAACCAGCCUGGCCAACAUGACAAAACCCUGUCUCUACAAAAAA